AUGCAGAUUUGGGCCGUUCUCGCGACACUCGCGGCAGCCGCUGCUGCCGUGCAGAGUAACCCUCACAUUAAAGCUAAACAAUCCAAGCCUCUCAUUCCGGCGCUGAAUAAACGCUCUGUCGAGGUCGGGUCAAGAGGUAAUUAUCAAUACUUGACCAACACGACUGAGAAAUUCCUUGUCAAUGGCACCCACUUCCCUCAAGUCCCCUUUGACAUUGGUGAGUCGUAUGCGGGUCUCCUCAAGAAUACCCCAUCCGGCCAGAGCAGCCUAUUUUUCUGGUUCUUCCCUACUGCCAAUCCAAAUCAAAAUAAUAAAAAAGAAAUCACCAUCUGGCUCAACGGCGGCCCCGGCUGCAGCUCUCUGGUCGGCUUACUCCAAGAAAACGGCCCCUUUUUGUGGCAAUCGGGUGUUUACCAACCCGUGCGAAACCCAUAUUCCUUCCACAACUUGACGAAUGUCGUGUAUAUCGAUCAACCAGCCGGCACAGGCUUCUCGCCUGGUCCAUCCACGGUCCAGAACGAGGUUGAUGUUGCGAAUCAAUUCAAGGACUUCUGGAAGCGGUUUAUUGACACUUUUGGUAUGCAAGGGUACAAAGUGUAUAUCACCGGUGAGAGUUAUGCGGGACAGUAUAUUCCGUAUAUUGCGGAGGGAUUCAUUAAGCAGAAUGACACGCAAUAUUUCAAUUUGAAGGGUAUUCAGAUUAAUGAUCCUUCUAUUAACGAUGAUUCGGUCAUGAUAUACGCCCCUGCUGUGGCCGCCUUGAACCAUUACUCAUCUGUCUUCGGUCUCAACGACACAUUCAUGAAACACAUCAACGCCGCCGACGCCAAAUGUGGUUAUACAGACUUCCUCAACAAAGCCCUCACUUACCCACCCCCAUCCCCUUUCCCAAACCUCCACAAAGCAAACGCCGCUGGGUGCGAUACAUGGGAUCAAAUAGUUACAGCAGCCACCUUGGUCAACCCCUGUUUCAACAUCUACCAUCUCACGGACUUCUGUCCGUUCUUAUGGGACGAAAUGGGUUUCCCGUCGGAAGCCCAAGGACCGAAUAAUUAUUUCAACCAGGCUGCUGUGCAGGCUGCGUUGCACGUUCAGCAUACCGAUUACUCUGUCUGCGGUGAAACGAAUAUUUUCCCUAACGGCGACGGCUCUGUUCCCAGUGCCUUGGGCCCGUUGCCUCGUGUUAUUGAGGCUACCAACAACGUCCUCAUUGGCCACGGCUGGUAUGAUUAUUUGUUGUUUAUGAAUGGGUCCCUCGCGACGAUUCAGAAUAUGACCUGGAACGGUGCGCAGGGUUUCCGGUUCCCGCCUACUGAAGCACUUUACGUGCCGUAUGAGGCUGGUAGUCUGGUUGAUCCUGUGACUUGGAGUGGUGGCGGUGGAAUUUUGGGCACUGCGCAUACGGAGCGUGGGUUAACUUUUUCGAGUGUUUAUGGGUCUGGACAUGAAAUCCCGCAGUAUGUCCCUGGAGCUGCGUAUCGUCAACUCGAGUUCUUGCUUGGAAGGAUUGCCAAUUUAACGGUUGUGGGACCUUUUACGACUCAGAAGUGA